AUGGAAUUCCCGCUAGCAGCAGCUGUUGUGCUAUCCAAGAUGUAUAAGGACGAUGUGCUGGAUUCAACGUUCCAAAAGAGAGGCGUCACCCCGGACCAACAAGAUGCACAAGCAGAAGGAUAUUCAGAAGAACUAGAUGCUCUUAAGAAAGGAAAGGACGUCCCAAAGCGUAGUUAUAUCAAUAAACUCACACCAUUUCUGGACCAAGAGAAUAUCAUCAGAGUCGGCGGAAGGCUUGAGAAGGCUCAGUUACCAUACGACACGAAACAUCCUGCUAUCCUACCGAAAGGACAUCCUGUCAGUCAGCUCAUCGUUUCCCACGUCCACAGAAGAGGGAACCACAGCAGAGGUGUUAACUGUGUGUUUGCAGAGCUUCGACAAAAGUACUGGGUGGUGAAUGGGAGAGAAGAAGUGAAAAGAUCAGAACGCGAGUGUAAUCUCUGCAAAAUAAGAAGGAAACGAACAGGCCAGCAGAUUAUGGCACCGUUGCCAAAAGCUAGACUGCGAGUCUCGAUGAGAUGUUUUGCACGUCGUUGUGUUGACUAUGCAGGACCAUUAGUGACCAAACUUACCCGAAGAGUUACCGCAAAGAGAUACUUGUGCCUUUUUACUUGUGCUGCUACACGUGCAGUUCAUUUAGAAAUAGCUUAUAGUCUCGAUACGGACAGCUUCCUGAACGCUCUGUCAAGAAUGAUAGCGAGACGAGGCAAGCCCGAGGAAAUGAUAAGUGAUAAUGGCACAAAUUUCACUGCUGCUGACAACGAACUACGUCAACUUGUAGCAGAGCUAGACCAACAGAAGAUCACAGACAAAGCCACCAACGAGUGGAUAAAAUGGAGAUUCAACCCACCUACAGGAUCUCACCAUGGCGGAGUGUUCGAAGCCUUGAUAAAGUCAGCCAAGAGCUCUUUGAAGCCUAUUCUGGGAAACGCUGGGAUAACUGAUGAAGAGCUACACACAGCGAUUGUUGAAGUUGAAGGUCUGAUGAAUGCGCGUCCGCUGACGUAUCCAAGUAAUGAUCCGAGUGAUGAACCUUCACUUACCCCCAACCACUUCAUUAACGGUCAAGCGGGAGGUGAACUUGCCCCUCAAGGAACAGAGGAGUUGGCGUUUAACCUAAGGAAACGGUGGCGUUUCAUCCAGGACUUAACGGCUCAAGCGUGGAGAAGAUGA